ACAAAAUUAUGUUUGAAUCAUUUUAUUCCUGCUUAUAUUAGAGAACUUUCCAUGAGAGGGAUUCAUCAAAGCUCAGAGUCUAACUUAAUUUGAUGUGCUCCAGCCAAGGCCUUGCCAUCACCCUGAGCUCUCUUUGGCCUACGCCCACACAAGACUUUGAAGAAAUCUGAUCUGAAAAACAACCUGAUAUCGCAGCCAAAACUAAUUACCCAUGGGCUACUGACUGUUGAUGCUUCAAAGUCAAGGGAAUGAGGCACUGGAAAAUGUUGCUGAUGGGUUGUUUUAGAUGACCAUGCGUAGAGAAACGCGGUCUUGUUGUCCUUAUAAAGCGUGACUGCUGCUAAAAUAGACCAUCUACAACUCUAGAUGGCAUACACACUUUUGUCAGACAACUAAUAUUUUUCACUGGAUUUGAUUAGAGACGGGGGAAAAGGUCAUCAUCUUCAAUGGCUUUACAGGAUCUGUGCAAUUUCCAGGACAUAUUUCUGGAAAGUAUAACCACUGAAUGUUCUUCAGUGCCUAUUGGAAAGAAGACUGGCUGUAACUAUGUGAGUGGUUUGUCCUUUAGCAAUAGCACAAGUCUGUUAAAUUUUUAUGUUCCAGUAGCGGAAUACCUGGGUGAAAGUCCAAUACAGUUUGGGCAAAUCAACACCAUCCAGAGCUCCAGCACCGUCUCAUCUCAGGACUCCAUCUUACCGUCCCUAUCCAUGCCCACAAGCUUUCCUCUGGCCUCCUCUCAGUCUGUCCCUCUGCCUUUUCCCAUGUCUCAUGGCACCACCACCCUGGCUUUCAUGUUUCAGGGCGGCGUGCUGGCUGCAGCAGACACUCGUUCCAGUUGCUCUGGGCUGGUGGCGUGCCCUGCCUCCCAGAAGAUCUUGCCCAUUCACAGUCACUUGGUGGGUACUACUUCAGGUACUUCCGCUGACUGUGCUCUUUGGAAACGGAUUCUGGCUCGUGAACUGCGGCUCUACCAACUCCGCCACGGCCGACGGUUGUCGACAAGCGGAGCUGCCAAAUUGCUUUCCCAUAUGCUUCACCCGUUUAAGGGAACUGAGCUGUGUGUGGCAGCCACAUUGUGUGGGUGGGAUGGAGGAGAGGUAGAUGAAUGCCAUGACCACGGAGGCGAUAAGUUUGAUCUAAGUGGACGACGAGAAACAACAAAGAGUCAAAUAACUGAUCUUGGAAAGUCUGUAGAGUCCUCUCUAGCCAAGAGUCAGAAUUCUUCUUCAACAAUUGGUGCUACACAGCAGUGCUUUGCCAGAAAGAAAGGGAGUUUCUCUGGACCCAGUCUGUACUAUGUGUGCAGUGAUGGUACUCGCCUGCAGGGAACGCUCUUUUCCGUGGGCUCGGGAUCCCCUUACGCCUACUCAAUUUUGGACCAAGGGGUUCAGUGGGGACUGACAGUGGACGAGGCAACAUCAAUAGCCAGAGAGGCUGUAUACAGAGCCACACACAGGGAUGCAUACUCAGGAAACUGUGUAGACGUCUAUCACAUCUCCUCAAAAGGAUGGACUCGGAGGAGCAGAGAGGAUUUGAAAGAGGAAUAUUACAGAGAAAAGGAAAGACAAGAGAGAAGAGAAAGACAGGACGUGGCUCUGUCUGAGUAAAGACAUGAAACAAACAAAAAUGGCAUGAGAAAAGAAAGGCAAACAUCGGGGAGUAUUUUGGAGAGACGCGAUGGCAUCUUUGCAGCAGAUACUAAAUUAAUGAAUAGAACAGUUACUUGCAUCCUCCAGGCUAUUUCUCAAGUGAUUUUGGCAUGCAUAUAGUUCUCUCUAAUAAACAGCUGAUGUUUUAUUUGUGCUGAUGAUAAAAUGUAUGUAGUAUGUAGUAACUGCAGGCUGGCGAUAAAAUGUUUGUUUCAAGUAUGUGAGAUAAUUACAGCAUACUCCUGCAUGUGUUUGGAUCACAUUAACACAGAGAAGCAGAAAAAGGAAAUCUAAAUGUCUGGAGUCUAAAGGUCAUAAUAUAUUGCCAUGUAUAAGGGAACUAAUGUAGCUGUAGUAAUAAACAGUAAGGAGUUGAAAACUGAUUUGUGCAUGCUGUCAGAAUUUGUCUAAUAUUUUUGACACUUCAAUAAAUUCAUGAUUAAACAAAAUUUUGCUGAACUUGCCUAUUCUGUUUGAGUAGCCUGGUAGUAAAUUAAGCAUACUAGUAAUUAUUCAAGUGACAAUGGCUGCAAAGGCUAUUACGGCAAAAGGCUUUUCACCCACAUCCUCACUGCCUUUUCAGACUUCUCUUGUGGAGGCUGCCAAAGUAUGGUGGUGAAAGUCUUCAUGUGUGAAGCAAUUUACCAUAUGGGAGGGUGCGAUACAUGAAUUUUGCUAACAGAUAUCAAAAUGUUGAAGCUGUGCUUAAUGUUGUGGCUCUGCAUGCUGAUACUACGAGCUUAUCUUUACAAAGUGCCAUAUAUGGUUUUAAAGGUAAAUGUAUGCAAAUGUAUAUGUAUGUAUAUGUGUAAUCCACAAUAGGAAAUAAACUACAGGCAGGGUUGUGCAAUGAUGCUCAGCACAUCUCCAGUGCAACAUUACAGAGUUGAGUAUCUAACCCACACGAGUACCACUGUAUGACUGACUGCAGCAGUGAGAGGGAGCAGAAAGAGGGGGAAGCCUCCCUUCCUCCCCUAACUCAUCCAUAAUUCUCAUCUUCGGAUGUUCAUUAAUGACUGAUGGAUGAUUAUUGAGCGAGUGAAAAACAAAAAACAUGUGGAAACCAAUUUGGUGGUUCAGAUUUGAAAGCUUGCAGACUUGUGAGUACAGAACAAGUUAUGAAAGCAGGCAAGGACAGAAUCGGGAUUGUAAUCAAAGUCAUUGAGCAAUAGGGCUUCCUUUGCUUGCCUUCUUCAAUGUUUUAUGUUCAUUUUGUUCGGCAGCUUCUACUCCUCACAUGCAAACUCCGGCUGAGAGCGGAGCGAAAUUUGAUUGAUUUGACCAAGAAGUGAAAUGUCACAGACAAGUUACAACACUACAUCUUUGUUUUACUUGUCUGACAGAACUUUAAAAACAUACAACCCAAACAGCCAGAAAUUUGCCAAAAUUAGUAUGACUGCCCCCGCUCACAGUCAGAAAUCAGAACAUGUUUUGCACUUAAAGUAAAUGUGUCCCUGUGGGCUCUCACAUCCUGACUAGCAGAUUGAUUGCGGCUUGGCUUUGUUUUGUGCUUGCGCAGUAGUUUUGGCAUUAAU